UCACGAGUCUAGAUCCAAAUCGAAGGCUACACUGAGCACAGUGGCUCCUGCUACUCGCUUGGAGGAGUUCUUAGAUCUACUCUGAAUCUGAUCGUCUCUUCUAAUCUUUCAAUGGCGAAUGCUUGGAGAAGAGAUCGAACAACGAAGUUAUUCAGUUCCAAAACGAGUCUCCUCUUCAUAUCAGUCACUCUCCUCUUCCUCGCCUUCUUCUUCCUAACUUCUCGCAUCUCCAAUCCUUCCUCCUCAAAUCAAAUCUAUGUCAAAUCCUCAAUAAACCUAUUCCCCAUUAUCCCUCCCUUCGAUUGCUACACUUCUCCUCAAUCUCAUCCCGUAAUCGCCAAUCUAGUCGAAGGUCUCAAAUACCCAUUUCUAUAUUCCCUCUCCGAUUUCGGAACCUUACCUGAUAAACCUCACAAGAACAUAGUUCGAAUGCUCAAAGGAAAACCCUUUCGUCGACCUGACAUUUCUGUAACUGUUCAGGAACUUUUGGAGAAGAUGAGGAACGAAGGUAAGACAGGGAUGUUCAUUGAUGUUGGUGCUAAUGUGGGUAUGGCUUCGUUUGCGGCUGCGAUUAUGGGUUUUAAGGUUUUAGCAUUUGAACCCGUGUUUGAGAAUUUACAGAGGAUUUGUGAUGGGAUACAUUUUAAUAGGGUUAAGGAUUUUAUCACUGUUUUUGAAGCUGCUGUUUCUGAUCGAAUUGGAAACAUCACAUUUCACAAGUUGGUAGGGAGGUUGGACAAUAGUGCAAUUUCAGCUGCUGGAGCAAAAAUGGCAUUCAAAUCAAACGAAGAAGUUGCUCUUCAAGUAAGAACAAUUCCUCUCGACGAACUUAUACCAGAAACCGAACCUGUUCUUCUUGUGAAAAUAGAUGUUCAAGGAUGGGAAUAUCAUGUUCUUAAAGGGGCAACAAAAUUGUUGUCAAGGAAGAAAGGAGAUGCCCCAUAUUUAAUCUAUGAAGAAGACCAAAGGCUUUUGGAAGCCAGUAACAGCAGUUCAAACGAGAUUCGACAGUUUCUUAAAACCGUCGGUUACCAUGAAUGUACUCAACAUGGUACCGAUGCUCAUUGUGUUAAGUAAGAACUAAUUAGGGUAAAAAGAAAUGUACACUUCAUUCAUUCUU